GCUGCCACGUACAGUGUAGUUUGAAACCGAUAACUUGACUGAUUGUAGAGAUGUUUUGAUCAACRAGAUUCCUAGUUUUAUGCACUAUUUAGCCUUUCUGUAUCCUUAUAGACAUCAUGCUUCCAUUCUCUAGUAAGGACAGCUACAAAGGCGACGAUUUUAAGCCAUCGAUACGACUGAGAAAUCGUUUGAUUGAAUGGCUCAAGGCUAUUUUUUCAAGUCCAAGCUCCAGAAAUCUGUUCUUUUUCUUACUUCUUAAUCUCUCGUUUGCCUUUGUCGAAUUAUCGUAUGGGAUAUGGACUAACAGUCUUGGCUUGAUCUCCGACUCAUUUCACAUGUUCUUUGAUUGUACUGCACUUCUUGCUGGUCUUAUAGCUUCAGUUAUCUCUAGAUGGGGUAAAAAUGAAAGGUUUUCAUAUGGGUAUGGAAGAGCUGAAGUUAUGGCAGGAUUUGUGAAUGGCUUGUUUUUAAUAUUUGUAGCUUUUUUCAUAUUUUCUGAAGCAGUGGAGAGGGCACUUCAUCCACCUGAAGUAAAGCAUGAGCGUUUAUUUGUAGUGUCAGUUUUAGGAUUUUUUGUCAAUCUUAUUGGAAUAUUUGUCUUCCACCAUGGACAAGGAGAACAUGGGCAUUCCCAUGCAAAAUCUCAUCAAGUAAAAUCAUGGAAGGAGUAUUUUUACAUGUCUUAGCUGAUACUCUCGGCAGUGUAGGAGUCAUAAUAUCUGCCAUGUUAAUUCAUCAAUUUGGUUGGAUGAUGGCAGAUCCUAUUUGCUCAAUGUUUAUAUCUGUACUAAUAGUAUUUAGCGUAAUACCUCUACUAAGAGACUCCACAGGAAUCCUAAUGCAGAGGACACCGAAAUCCUUGGAGAGCGUUCUUCAUAUUGCCUAUCAAAGGGUUAAUCAGUUAGAAAAUGUGUACAGUAUACAAGACCCUCAUUUCUGGACUUUAGACAGUGAGAAUUCUAUUGGAACACUUCGCCUACUAGUGGCACCCAAUGCCGACACGCACAAGAUCCUCAGUGCAACUCAYCAUAUAUUCAACGAGGUUGGUGUCAAGCAGCUUUACGUCCAAAUAGAGAAUUCGUUUUAAAAAGUUCGCAAACACCUUGGAUCUUUCAUGGACACAGCAGUGUACAGAUUCCAAUGAACAUAAAAAUAUACUUUGGWUCUUUCUGAAAUGUUUUAUUCGAAAAUYGCAGUUAUUGUAAAUGCAGUUUUUAUGUCAGUGAAACAACUCUUGAAUGGCAUUGGAAAGAGCCAAAUUCAACCCCACUGGGAGGGGUGGUGAUAUAGGAGUGGGAGGGGAGGGUAAAACUAACUUUUAGAUAAGUUAUAUCCUAUAUAAUAUWAUUAUGAAUAAAAGUGAAAUACUGGAAGUGUGAUAUACAGUAUUUGAAAUUAAAAAUAGAGAAAAAAUGUAAAUAGAGAAAAAAUGUGCUGUUUACUGUGAAGUACUAAUAGGUAGAAAAUGAGUAAUGUUGACUAUCAAAUAAAAAGACUUUUGCAAGAACAGCAAAA